AUGGUGAAGGCCAGUCCCCGGAAGCUCUCGGAAGUGGAAUGGCUGGAGUUCCAGGAAUGGUUGCGACAGCAACUGGAGCAGAGGUUCCAGGAGCAGGAGGCUAAGAUCAGAGAAGUCAUUGAUGGCACCAUGUCCCGAAGCUGGCGAAUGGACGAGGCGCGGGCGCGCGUCAUCAGCGAGUUUUCUUCAAGGAACACCUUGGGAACGGAGGUGGGGACGAGCACCUCCUUGGCCACUGUGCGAGUGAAUGAGGAGCCAGACGAGAUAGAGUCUCCUACAUCCCCUCAGUCGGAGGGGCGGAGUCCACAGGCCCACGUCACUCGCAUCUUGGGCAAGGACGUGGUGAGGGAGAAGUUGAAAGCAAACCAGCCCUUCAAGACCUUCGUGAAGAAGGGCCUCGACUUUUACAUGGCCCUGGUGGUCAUUGCCAACCUCGGCUGCAUCAUUGCCAUCACGGAGUGGACGGUGCAUCAGACAGACCUCUCCCUGGGCCUCACAGAUUUGCCAUGGCAGGGUGUGUCCAUGGAGACCUUCGAGCUUCUGGAGUAUGUCUUCUUCGGCAUCUAUCUUCUGGAUGUGGUGGUGCGCAUGGCAACUCUUCGCAGGGAGUGGUACUUCGACCAGAUUGAGGGCAUCAUGUACCUCAACAUCUUCGAUGGAGUGCUCGUCUUGAUGAACCUCUUCGAGUUGCUGGUGCUUCCCGCGAUGCUUGGUGACCAGCAGCAGCAUGCGGCGACGAUUCGGGUGAUCAAGUUGGUGAGAAUUGUCCGCACCCUUCGCAUCUUUAAGACAGUCUCCCUCUUCCGUCAGCUGCGCAUCCUGGUGGGGACCUGCUUCGCCAGCAUCGGCGCCCUGUGCUGGUCUAUGGUUCUUUUGAUCGUGCUGAUGAUUGGCUUCGCUCUGGCCAUGUGCCAGGCCUUGCAGCUUUUCAUUCUCGACGCGCAGCAAGACCUCGACACACGCUUGGAGAUGCAUGCCUUCUACGGUAGCUUUCCGAAGGCUCUCUUCACCAUGUUUGAAAUCACCCUGAGUGGGUCUUGGCCAGUUCGAGUGAGGCCUGUCGUCGAGAAGGUGGAUGGCUGGUACGCACUUCCAUUUCUCGCCUAUAUCACUUUCGUGGUGUUCGCUGUCAUCAAAAUCGUCACGGCGCUGUUCUUGAAAGAGACGCUCACCAGCGCAGCCAACGAUGCAGACAUGGUCAUGGAGGAUGCCAGACGUUCGGCCAAGGACUACCACCACAAGCUGCAAGAGCUCUUCCGACUCGCCGAUGAUGAUGGUGACGGGAACCUCUCGCGUGAGGAGUUUGUGGAAACCAUGAGCCUUCCGAGCGUGCAGCACUACCUGAGGACAUUGGACAUGAGCGUUCAAGACUGCCGGCCUUUGUUUGACAUCCUUGAUGAUGGUGACGGGCUUAUUACAAUUGCAGAAUUUGUGAAGGGCCUCUCCCAAAUCAAGGGCCAAGCGCGCGCUGUGGACAUUGUCAUCCUGCAGCGUGAGAAUGCCAAGCUGCUAACAGAAUGCCAGAAGAUCCGCAAGGACAUACAUUGCCUCCAGAAGGCCUUUCCUUCCUUGCUGUCGAAGAUGGCCUCUGGAAUUAGCACUACCUCCGACGGGUCUUGGUUCACCUAG